AUGUCAUCACCGUGCCAGAACGGAGGUACCUGUGUAGCGAACUACAAGUAUCACUCGUUUGACUGCCGUUGCAAAGCAGGUUUUUUCGGAGAAUUUUGCGAAAAAGGUAAUUGACGUACUUAUCUCAAUUCAGACCGGGGCAGCCUUGGCCAAAAUGUUGAAUAACUUGAACGACGUUCAGGCUAGGACCACCAAACUUUGCAGCUUUUCCUUAAAUUUAUCAGGGAACAUUUUAAAGUCACUGUGACGGGUAGGUCAACAUUGAUGUUACCAUGGCAACCGAGAUUUGACAACGUGGUUCUUCAAAAUUUGCAUUUCUACAAAAUAUAGAUUUUGUUUCUAUUUUUACUGAUUGAAUUAUUAUAUUGCACCAGAAAUGGCGUCAGAUUACGUCAUUGUGUUAAUCAAAUUAUGACCAGAAGUUGGAAAUGAUGAGGAAAUUGUUGUGUGUAAUUUUAGUGGCCAUAGACUGAGUUGUUUUGAAGUUCUCGAGGGGGACCUCCGAGGUCCCCUCCAGUCGCAGGAAGCAAAAAAAGCCCGGUCCGAAUAGGGUCAAAGACAGAGCCUUUGUGCAAAGUCGGCUAAGUCUUGAUAAACCAUAUUUUUAUCUUAGUUUAGUUAGUUUGGUCUAAAUACAGAACAAACGGGUGACUAAUAACCUGGUUUUUGAGAACCUGUUAGGCUGAAAUUUGUUAUAGUUAGGCCCCCUCUAUACAAGAACCUGUUCAGCCUAAAAUUUGAAACAGGUUUCUAUUUUCUAAAAUCUUUUUCAAAAAUUGGUAUACUUGGGUAAAUUCUAUAAGUCAACAUUCAGGAUCCUUUUUGGAGACAUAUCAGUUGCCUUAUUACUCCACCUGCAAUUGUAAUGGUAUACAGGUUUAACCUAGGGAAUUAGCUGAAUACCACUGAAUAGCUUAAUUUUCGCCUUAAUUUUUUUUUUUCUUCAGAAGAUAAGAACCUGUUUAAGAACCUAAAUUUGCCUAAAUUUGUGCUAAUUAUCAUAUGUAAGAACCUGUUUAGGCCAACUUGGGAAAAUUCAGGUUCUUAGAUGCGGGCUUUUACUAAAACUGACACUGUCCCCUUAAACGUCUAUGCCGCAGGCGUGAGAAGCCGUAUAUUUAUUGUCAAGUGUGCAAAAAAAUUCAAAAGUCGCCCUUUGGCGUCUUAUGCACCUGAUUUGGUAAAUUGGGAAGAUUGAAACUUGUUUCAUGACAGUCAUUAUUUGUCAGAAGUGGAUCUCUCUAAACAUGAUUUGCUCAACCCUUUUGCCCCUGGAAACGAAUUCCUCAGAUGCAAACAAGCAAAGUCAGGACAAAAUUUUAAUACUUGUUUUUUUUUUUAAAAAAAUAUUGAACUUCUUUCUUCGCUUUCUCUCCUUUCUGCUUCUUUUUAUCUCUCUGGGUCCCCCACCCCCAACCAUUUUUCUUUGUUGGCUGGCCAUUCACUUGGCUUAAUUUUGGCGCAAAAAUAUUCCUCCUCCACACAAGUCUCGCGUCAAAGGUUGGUAUAACCUUCGUGUAGACGUUUUCUAUCCCGUUUGUUGCAUGCGUGCAACAACGGAAAUAGAAGACGUCUGCAUGCAGGCGGUUAAGGUGGCCAAUGACCAUUAAAAUUGAUGACGUCACAAGUGAUGCGAGGAGCGUGGUCGGACACGGGCAGUUACGGGUAGUUUAGGUGUAACUCUGCUAAUCUUAUUUGGAUUUUCUUUCCUGUUUUCCCCUUACCUAUCCGUCCGUGAUAAAGUGAGAGAAAUAAGUUGAGUUAAAUACGUUAACUACUUGAAUCAUUUUUUUCAGUUGCAAAGUCAUGCCAAGACGUUUAUAAUCAGCUCGCAGAAAAGUGAGUAAACCCAUGCAUAGUAAUUUAAUUAGGAUUAUGAGGUCAGUAAGUCCCGGGGAACAUUCGGAGUUGUCAGUACUGUGCAGUUAACCGCAAUUAUGAGCCACAGAACAGCCAAAAAUCAUUCGUUAAUCCUCACAAAUAGAGACACAAUUUGUGUUGCAAUGAGUGUCGAUAUCACUUGUUAGAACUUGUAUCGUGGCUGAUGGACUCUAUUUCAGCCUUUGUUCUCCAUCCUGGAAGCUUAAUUUUAUUAGAAGCCUAAAUUGACGUAAAAUCUGUUGAAUUUUUUAAAACAAAUGCCUGAGUUCGUAUUAUUCAGAUAAUAUAAACCAUCAACUAUGAACACCACCAUCCACUGAAGACCCUCCAGUAAAAAAGUUGUUGAUGAAAUGCAGUGGAACCCCGCACUUCCGCUUUAUACGAACACCCGUAUAAAACGAACGAUGCGUUUGUACCGACGAAAAUUCACAUAUUUGCUCAUAGGUUAGCGUGGUUAAUAUGGAAUACGGACACUUCUGUGUCCCGAGUCACAAACCCUCAUAUCAAUUAUCGUCAACUCCCCCAGGGGAUACUGAAUAAAUUUUCAUACGGGGAGGCUCAGCCCCGACGUCCAACUCCUUUGGGGGAACGUGUUACCUUUUUACACACCAUUUUUGACAGAAAAGGUACUUUUUUUACUAUACCGGCCAUUCCAUUCAUCUCAUGGUUGAGGGGUUCAGGCAUUUUAAGGUGGCUGAACACAGUUUUGCAGGCGGUCAGCGGUAACUCGCGUGACGGGGCGUGUUCUAAAUUUAAUAGACAAACAAACAUGGCGGAGAAAAAAGCGAUGGUACACAGAAGAGAAUUUCUCAAAAUCUGCUCACUAAAACUUUGUGAUAUUUUUGCAGAAUUUUUGCUUUUAUCGUACUUUCAAUUAUAAGAACUUUAAAAUGGAAGUUCAACAGACGAAUUUUGUGACACAUUUAAUAAUUACAGUACAAUCAUAUUAUUGAUUAUCUAAAAACCCGUCUGUUAAAAUUUGGUCAAAUAAGUUUCAGAUGGUAAUGAUUAAUAAGAGUAAGCUGUGUGCAAGUUUAUAGGAAAAUCUAAUGAGCGAAUUUUAUGUAAACUGAACAAAAGGGAAAUUUUAAGGUUGUAUUCAAUCGUUCAUGUUGCCAUGGAAACUACGAAAACGUCACAUUUUACCUGUCAGUCAAAAUCUUUCAUUAGUAUANUUUAAUAAUUACAGUACAAUCAUAUUAUUGAUUAUCUAAAAACCCGUCUGUUAAAAUUUGGUCAAAUAAGUUUCAGAUGGUAAUGAUUAAUAAGAGUAAGCUGUGUGCAAGUUUAUAGGAAAAUCUAAUGAGCGAAUUUUAUGUAAACUGAACAAAAGGGAAAUUUUAAGGUUGUAUUCAAUCGUUCAUGUUGCCAUGGAAACUACGAAAACGUCACAUUUUACCUGUCAGUCAAAAUCUUUCAUUAGUAUAUUUUUCACUUGCCAAGUUUCAGCUUGUGAGCUGCAACCUUUCUCUUGUCAUGAUUUGGCAAAUAACAUAUACUCACAAACUGCCAAAACUGUGUUCAGCCACCUUAAAAAGGGCUACCAUACAAGGGUCAAACAUGGGAAGAAAGACUGCAGCCUAAUCAAAAUCAAACUUGUCACGCUACUUUGCAUCUCUGAUUUAUUUUUGUUUUUAUUAAUAAAAUCGUGUUAACCCACAGAAAUCUGUAAUUAUUUGAACCGUGUUUAUUGCAUGCAAUUAAUUAGUACAUGAUUGUGACAAGGAAAUAGACAGUGUGAAGCGAGGUGGCCAGUGGUCACCAGUAUCCAUAACGCUUGGGUUGACGAUAAAUGAGAUUCUUUGACUUAACGGGUCAUAGAAAAGUGUCCGUUUGUCCUAUUAACCGCCGUGUCCGUAUUAAACUGGUUGGAGAAAAUAUGUGAGCAUCAAUAUAAGCAUGCAAAAUUACAGGAUGGCUAACACCUUCUGAGUAGUUGUCAAAAACAACUAGCCCAAGUCUUACAGAAAGUUCGCGGGUAAAAUGGAGGCGUGAACUGCAUCUCGCCUUUCUUGUACUUUGACGGCAGAUGAGAAAAACAACAUGCCGCCAUUUUCAUUUCGUUCGCCCCAUAUAUAUAUUUAGAGUCCUUUAGUGUGACGUCAUAAAAAUUAAAAUUUGUAAAAUAAUGGAAUUUUUCGGGAUAUUAUGAAAGAACAACAUCCAAAAGGCCUACUUGCCAAAAAUUAGUAUCCCAGGGCAAAUUGUCUUGGAGAUAUUAGCCCAGUUAUGCUCUGAUGACUCCGUAUAAUCUUUUUUUUCAAUUUGACUCAGGUCAUAACAUUAGGAUUUAGAAGGAUUUGUAUGGAGUGAUCAGAGCUAAACGGGACUAGUAUCUCCGAGACAAUUUGCCCCACAAUGCUAGUUUUUGGCAAGAGUAGGCCUCUCAGAUGUUUAUUCAAAAUAUCCCAACAAAUUCCAUAUAGUUUCAAAAAUGUAAUAUUUAUGACGUCAUCACUUUAGAACUCUUUGUCCCUUCCUACUGAACACUGGUUAGUCAUCUUCAAUGACCGAACUUAAUUCGUCCAGAACACGUUAUUCAAUUAAACUUUAUUAAAGCCAGUUGAAGAGCAGCACAGUGUGUUAUCAUAAAGCAAAAAUAAAUAUCAACCUGUGCUGUAGGUGAAAGUAAUUCAGUCAAAAAUACAUAUAAUCGAGUAGUGACGUAACUCCCAGUGACGACUACGCUAAUUCUUUGAGCAGUGGCAAACGCUUAACUCAGUUCUAUAUCGAUCCACCCUGGCUUAGUGCAGUACCAUCCUGAAGGAUUUUUUUUUUAUAUUUUUGGCGUUCCGAUGGGACGAUGAUAUGAGGGCAGCGUUUAUAUCAAAAUUACUGGCAAGAAUUACAAUAAAUCAUUUGUAAAUAUUGUGUUUAUUCGAGGACAGCAUUUACUAGUAAUCAUGUUUGCUUCUAUCUGCGGCUUUAAAUCGAGGGCGGUGCUUAAUUAAGUAGAUAUGAUUCUCUUCAAUCGUUGCCGGACCCCACAGAAAAAAAAAGUGUUAAUGGGGCGUUGUUUUCCGACUUUGAAACAACAAGAUUGCGAGUACUAUGUUGCUAUCGCAGCGGACAGUUAAAAACCAAAACAUUUGGGAGAUUCAAAAAUUAUAAAAUUUACGUAAGAAUGACGUCAGCAAACAUGACGUCAUAACUGAAUAUUUUGAGACAUGCUGGUAACUAAUUUGAGUGGCCUGACAUUUUGCAUUUUCAACUUUCGUGAAAAAAGCUAAACGGUCCACAAAGUUAUUGUAAAAUAAAUCCCAGUAAAGAGGUGGGGAACCUGACAAGAAAAAAAGAUUUGACUGAAACUGUUUUGAAUUCGAUCAAAAAGCGAACGUUAUUUUUUUACAACCAGUUAAGGCACGUUCCAUUUGUUUCUCCGACUGUUAAGAGCUGGCAAAAUUAAAAUGAGAUUUCAUUUUGUACAGGUUGAACGUGACUCAGUUGGUCACUCUUCUCCUUGACUCCGAACUAGUUUCAGUUCUCUGUCACUUUGGAAAUUUUGGAUGCGGAGAUGGAGGAUGGANAUUCAAAAAUUAUAAAAUUUACGUAAGAAUGACGUCAGCAAACAUGACGUCAUAACUGAAUAUUUUGAGACAUGCUGGUAACUAAUUUGAGUGGCCUGACAUUUUGCAUUUUCAACUUUCGUGAAAAAAGCUAAACGGUCCACAAAGUUAUUGUAAAAUAAAUCCCAGUAAAGAGGUGGGGAACCUGACAAGAAAAAAAGAUUUGACUGAAACUGUUUUGAAUUCGAUCAAAAAGCGAACGUUAUUUUUUUACAACCAGUUAAGGCACGUUCCAUUUGUUUCUCCGACUGUUAAGAGCUGGCAAAAUUAAAAUGAGAUUUCAUUUUGUACAGGUUGAACGUGACUCAGUUGGUCACUCUUCUCCUUGACUCCGAACUAGUUUCAGUUCUCUGUCACUUUGGAAAUUUUGGAUGCGGAGAUGGAGGAUGGACACCGGUCAUGAAGAUGAACGGCAGCAAGGUAAAACAUGUGUAUUUGGCAACGAGAGUGGAAAAAAAUGUAUUAUAGUUAAAUACAGGUUUGCUUCUGUCAGCGGUAAUUUUCCAUUAUCUUAACCUCCGAAUGCAGCCGUUUCUCCUUGCUCCUCGCCGCUGAGGAUGUUUCGCCAGAAGGAGCGUCUGCGCCUCAGCGACAGAAAUUCCACGCUGAUUACGUAAAAACUGUCCGGAUUCUGGUCAGGAGCUCUGAUUGGUCGACAUAGUAGUUACAUUGUUUUACAUAUUGUUUACGAAUGACAGACAAAGACAAAAAGCCACAAAGACCAAAUGUUUUGCUGGAGCUCAUUCGCAAUGGAAUACAAAACUUUACCAUAACCGACCAGGAGAAACAUAAAUUCACUUGGAACCCACUGACAACAUCAUGUAAACAUUGGUUUACGUCAUCAGUAUGGAAUUUCUGUCGCUAAGGCGCAGACGCUCCACCAGGCGAAACAGGUGUAUUCGCAGGCUACAAUUAUCCCGAAAAAUGUGAAAGAGCAUCUUGGCUGUUAAAGAAAAAAAAUUAACUACGCAUUUCGAAUGGGAAAACGGAUGAAUGAAAAAGCAUGCUUUACACUUUACUUCUCGAAUAUUUCCUAGUAUUCACUUUACUAGACGAGUGAGCGGAAAUGAACAACGUUUAGGGAGUCGAUUAUCAUGUAAAACCGACGUAUACGUAGUUACGUACCGGCUCCCCUGUUUGCAGAUUCACGUCGCUGGGUACAGUUGAACCUUCCCUGAAGGGCACUGACCUCCCGUGUUCGGUUAUACUCAGUCUGAGACUGAUUUUAUUUACCAUUUUAGUAAAAAUUAGCGAAGGAUAUACUAAGUAAAAUAAUUAGAUGAUGGGAGUCACUGUCUUUCUUCUUUUCUCAAAUUAUAAUGAGCUUUUUUCUGUUUAGAAAGCCUCGUGUCCAAGGAAAACAUUGUUGCCAAAUGGCGUCUCCAAAAACGCCAGUUUCAGUUUUUAAACACAAUUUGUUGUAUAAAAUUAUAAACUUUCAACAAGAGUCUUGGAUCAUACUUUCAGAAAGUUCAGCAAAUUAAAGUGAAAUUUACAGCAGGCUCGACCUUAUCAUACAGUCGAACCUCCCGAAAGCGACCACCCAAAAUGCACAGGCUUGGUGGUCGCUUACGAGAGUCAACCUAGAAUGGAGUGGUGUAUUUGUUCUAAAAAAAUAAUGAAAGUUUACUUUCCCCUGCCAGUUACUAGCUAGUAGGUUUUAUUGACAAGAUCAUUUAGCUAUUCCAUGUGACAGUUCAUUUGCGGAAGUGUACUUAAUUAGAUAACGCGCGUUAUAAAUUUGGGGUUAGAAAAUUUUACUUGUGUACGUGACUUCUUGUACAGAAAUGUCCCUGAAACGUCUGACAAACAAAAACUUAACUUCUCAAACUGAAACCUAGAAAUCUAAGUCUUUUUCUCAAGGGUAAUGGUUAAAAUUGUAGUUAUAAAUCGAACUAAUAAACACAGUCAUAGAUGUGUAGACAUCAUGACAGCCAAAGAAUAAAUGCUUUUUACCCAUUUUUACAAUGUACUUCACUGUUUAGUAAGACCGUGUGUCAAGUGGUCGCUCACCGGAGGUUGAAAACAAUAGAAAAUUCUAAAACUGUCGGCCGAAAUAGUGGUCGCGGUCGCUUGCGGGAGGUGGUCGUUUACAAGAGGUUCCAGUGUAAGGCUUUGACUGAGGACAUUUUUGAUGUUUUGGGAAGGUGGUCGCUUAUGAGAGGUGGUCGCCUACGGGAGGUGGUCGCACGCGGAGGUUUGACUGUAUUUGAAAAUCUCCCGCCCCAUUCUUUUUUGUAAGUGAGUAACCCAAAAUUUCACACAGGAAGACACUCAAACGAUGACUCCUUUUGAUUUAACGUUCGAUCUGAAGAAAUCUGAUCAUGUGAUUAUUAGACAAACCACAGCAGAAUAAUAAUAAUAUGAUUAAAAGCAGUGUCACUUUAUUUCUCCUAUCCAGAAGACAACCUUGUUCCCACGGUCCUCUCGUACUCCCACCAGGGGAAGAGUAGGUGUGGAGCCUGGGAACGAGGAUAGGCGAAUUAACAAACCAUGCUUAAAUCUAAUCAAUCUUUACCUAUGAUAGAGACUGUUUUUUUUUGUUAUAAAUUUUAUCACAGCAAACGUUUCACUACGACUCCAGUCUCUGGAGCAACAAAGAAGCCUUUAAACUUGACGGAGGGAGGACUGGGUUUGACUCACAGGAGACUAAACUUCCCUCCUACUGGAACACGUCCUUCUCCAAGAUCUGCCUCGGUAUGAAGAUCAACAACCAGAUCAAUUUUAUUGUCAUCAACAAGCAGGCGAACUCCUUGUACUCUCAGGACAACUCGGAUUAA